AUGCGUUUCACCAGCACACUGAUCCCGGCGCUUCUUGCCGGCUCGGCCGCCGCUCACCCCGGCCACUCAGUGGCCGAGGAGCUGCAAGAGCGCCGUGACUACAUGGCCAAUGCCCAGGCCCGCGAUCUCAGCCACUGCUCUGCUAAGCUCAAGGCACGCGGAAUCGAGGCCAGGAAUGCCGCCCGUCGUGAGCGGACUGCUGAGGCCGCUCGAGCGAAGCGUGGUCUGAAGACGAAGCGGGACCUCGACACUGUCCUGGCCACCGACCACAACGCCACAGACCUUGGCUACACUGCCAACACUGACGCAGCGACCCUCUUCACUGGCAAUGCAUCCUGCAUCCUGACCCCUGACGUUACUCAGGGUCCCUACUAUGUCGGUGGCGAGUACAUUCGUCGCGAUAUCCGCGAGACCCAGGAGGGUAUCGACACCGUCCUGGACUACCAGGUUAUCGAUGUCAACACUUGCGAGCCCGUGCCCAAUGUCUACCUUGAGAUGUGGCACUGCAACUCCACCGGUGUUUACUCCGGUAUUGUUGCCUCCGGAAACGGCGACUCGUCAGACGAGACCAACAUCGAUAAGACCUGGUUGCGCGGCAUCCAGCCUACCGAUACCGACGGUGUUGCCCAGUUCGAGACAACCUUCCCCGGCCACUACACGAGCCGAGCCACCCAUAUUCACAUCCUGAUCCACACGAACGCCACUGUCUAUCCUAACGGAACCCUCGGCAAUGAGGUCACCUCCAGCCAUGUCGGCCAGGCAUUCUUCGACCAGGAUCUCAUCUACCUCGCUGAUGAGAUCUCGCCCUACAGCGAUAACACCCAGGAGAUCACCACAAACGCUGAUGACAGCAUUCUGUCUGAGGAGGCUGCCACUGAUGGCGUCGACCCCUUCUUCGAGUUCACCUAUCUCGGUGAUGAGCUGAGCGACGGCUUGUUCGCAUGGAUUGCUUUCGGCAUCAACGCCACUGAGAGCAGCACUGUCACCCCUGCUGCCUUCUACUACGAGUCUGGUGGUGUUGCUAACUCUGCCUCUGGCGGUGGCGGCGGUGGCGCCCCCCCUUCCAAGUAA